AUGAUCCGCUCGGGCUUAAUAUUUGCCCUUUUAGCGGGCUGCGCGCAGGCGAGUCGGCGAAGCCAGAGAGCAGCUAGAGCCGUAAUCGUAAUUACCGGUAACUUUACCGAAUGGGAAUGUGGAAACUGCACAGAAUCAUGCGGCUACGAAGGAACACGAACAUGUGUCCGAGAGUGUGUCGAUUCUAGACACGGAUCAGGCGAGGACGAGUUGAACGCUUGGAUUGACGAUCCAUAUGCGGAUGAAUUUAAUAAGCAAAUUGGUGAUGAAUAUGAUAUUGUUUGCGAGAGUGAUGCUGACGGCCAGCUCCUUGAGAAGGUUGACAACUGCCCAGACAACGAUCCGUGCCCAACUUGGGGAGAGUGGACCGAUUCUGGUUGUCCUGUCACUUGUGGUGUCAACGCUACCAAGAUCCAGACAAGAGAUUGUUUGGUUGGCGACGUUGUCGUCGAUGCUGCUCUUUGUCCACCUGGCGAAGCCACUCAGGAAGUAAACUGUGGUCUUGCUAAGUGCCCAUCAUGGGGUGAGUGGGGACCCUGGUCUGACUGCACAGCCGAGUGCGGUGGUGGUACCACUACAAGAGAACGAGAUUGUACCAAUGCUCGAAAACACCGAACCUACUACCAGGAGCUUCUCCUUAUCAUGUCCGGACGAGCAGAUCUCGUCUGCGACGGAUUGGGCACAGAGGAAGCCGCCUGCAACACAGAUGAAUGUACUUACUCAUGUGGUGACAUUACCGACUCUAAUGCUUACCCUUGGUAUCCUGCCAUCGCUGCAAAAGCCACUGUCGAGUGUAAACACAACGACUAUUGCACUGUUUCUUGCGCUGAUGGAAAGAGUACCGCAUAUCCAGACGCUUCAGAUGUCACCACUGCUUGGGAUGGACAAAUCCAUUGUAACGAAGCCGCUGCACCACCAGAAUUCGAACUUAAUCCAGCUGAAGUAAUUAAUUUCAUGUGCCAAGAUCUUCCUUGUGAUGAUGGCGCCGGGGCUGAAAUUGUUGAUUUCCCCGCUCAUGAUGCCACUACUGCUGAUGUCGUCUGUGAUGCCGGUGCUUGUGCUAUCAAUUGUCUCGAUGAUACUCACUUCCCUCAGCCAGCUGCUUCCAUUGAUUGCACUAAUUUCCUCGCUAACGAGGCUUUCCUUACCAACAAGCUUGCCAAAUGCACAGAAUCUGCUUGUGGUCUUGUCGAAGAUGACGAUCUCUGGACUGGACUUGCCUCUUUGGGUCUUGAAGCCGCUUGCGAUGCUACUUCCUGUAACAUCUCUUGCAGCGAUGCCACUAUGAUUGCUGUCGAAAACGCCGCUGAAAAGACUGAUGCUGUCACAUGUGGUGCUUCCGCAUGGGACUUGAGCGCAUGGAGCGGUGCCGGUGUUCAGUGCCAGAUCCUCGCUUGCGAUGCUGCUUUUGAUCCAACUACUAUCACUAAAACCGAAGGCGCUACUUUGAACUGUGCCGGAGGACAGUGCGCUGUCGAAUGUCCCGGUGAUCUUCAUCCAAGUGUCGCCGCCAUUACUUGUGAUAACAAAGACAGUGUUACCGCCGUUUCUUGCCAAGAGCUCAGCUGCGGUGAUCAGGACUCUUUCUCUGGCGAUUUUGCUGAUGGAACUUACAACUGCAACUCUACUGCUGAUUUCUGUACUGCCGAGUGUACCGAUGCUACCCUUGUUCCCUACCCAGCCGAUGGUGUUAGCUGUGAUAAUGGCGCUAUCAGCCCAGCAGGAGCUGUCACUUGCGAAAUCACCGGAUGUGGUGAUCCAGCUAACUUUAACUACGGAGCUGGUUGGUCCGAGGUUACUGCUACUUGCAGCGACGCCAACACUUGUGCUCUCUCUUGUGACGGAGACGCUACCAAGGCAUUCUCAUACCCCGUUGAUGAAGUUACAUGCAUUGACCGAACUCUUACCCCAGCAUCUGGAAACGAUAUCUAUUGUGCCGAAACCCCAUGUGGUCUUCUCGGUGACUUCUACAAUGUCGAUGCCACUGGCUUGACCACUUCCUGCACCGCCGAUUCCUGCGAUCUUACUUGUGCUGCUGGACAGAUGUCCACUUACUUGACUCUUGCCUGUGACUCUGCCAACCGAGCUUACCAGCACGCUCAUAGCUCCGAGACCCAACAGGUUGCUUGCGUCGCCGAGUACGAUACUCCAUGCGGACAAGUUGAGGACUCUUUCACCAUGGUCAGAGAUGACUUCACAAUCACCUGUACUGGUCUUGAAUCCUUUUACCAGACAACCGCUGUCUCCUGCGAUGUCACUUGCGCCAACGCAAACAACGUUCAAACUGGACCAACAAGCGUUACCUGCGAAAACUCUGCUUACACUGGCGCUGGUGCCGCUAUCACAUGCAUGGACACCAACUGUGGCGAUGUUUCUUCUACCUGGACUGUCGAAGCUGGUGUUGAAUACGAGUGCGUCGAUGAUGUUUGCACCUUCACCUGUACCGAUGCUUCUCUCGUGCCAACCUUCGAUACCGCUACUUGCCAAGCUGACCUUAGCUUCGCUGCCGUUGUCCUCUACCCAGAUUCCGUCGCGCCAGUUACCCCAACAAGCAUCAGCUGUGCCGCUCCAAUCGAGCACACUGUUUGUGGUGAUCCAACUGCUUUCUUUGUCAACUUGCCCGCCGACUCUACCUUCUCUUGCGUCGAAGCUAGCCAGGAGUGCAACAUCAUCUGUGACACAGCUGUUUACGGCGAUGCUGUUCAGGCUGACCCCGUCAAGAUUUCCUGUAAUCCAUCUACUGGACUUUUUGUUGAGGCUGCUGAUAUUGAGAUGGAAUGCUCUCUCUACGAUGUUACAUGCGGUAAUCUCGAAGACUUCUUUGGAAUCGGCGCUGGAGUCGUUUCCACCUGUGUUAAAUUCGGCGAAGCUCGACAAAACUUGGAUGUUUGUACUAUGACUUGCUCUGAUGCCUCCCUUUUUGCCUACCCAUAUGAGGUCAUCCGAUGUGACAUUGAUACUGAGCUUUUUGUUGAAAACACUGGUGUCAACGUUACCUGUGAAGAAACUCGAUGUGGUGAUCCAAAGAACUUCGACUACGGAGCUGGAUUCAAGGACAUCGAUGUCUCUUGUGACGUCCAGGCUGAUGCUACUAAGUGUUCUCUUACAUGUGCCUUUGGUGCUAACGCCGGUUUCGUCAUCGAUACCGCCAAGAACCCCUUUGCCGAAGUUAUCUGUGAUAACACCGGAACACUGAUGCCCGAGAGCGGAUCUGUCGAAAUCGUCUGUGCCGAAACUCCUUGUGGCCAGCUCGCUACCGAGUUCGUUGGUUUCUCCGUCGAUGCCAGCUGCAACGCUACCUACUGUGACUUCAGCUGUGCUGAUCCUGCUCAGAUGCCAAGCUACUUCAACGCUGCUUGCGACGGAACAUCAUACACUCAUGUUUUCGGAAGUGAGAGCAACGCUCUUACUUGUAUUCCAAAACAAGAUUCUCCAUGUGGAAAUCUCGCCGAUACUUUCACUUACGAUCCCGCCGCCAUCGACCUCGGCUGUGAAGCCUUUGUCUCUGUCUAUCAGACCACCCCACAUGUUUGUGCACCAUCGUGUGUCGACACUAACAAGGUCCUUGUUACCGACGCCGAGAUCACUUGUGAAGCUAAUGCUUUCACCAAUACUCUUACUGAUAUCAUGUGCAAGGACACCAUGUGCGGUGACCUUUCUGAUAAGUGGACUGUCGAAGCUGGAGUUGUCGCUACCUGCACUGAGUCUGGAUGCGAAUUCUCUUGCGAAGAUGCUGCUGAGCAACCAUUUGUUUCCUCUAUCACUUGUGACGUUGCCACUCGAACCUUCGAGGAUGUCGUUCUCUGGCCAGACAGUGCCAGCCCAGUUACCAACCCAGUCAUCAAGUGUGAAGUCCGAGAUGAUACUCCAUGCGGUAAUGCUGCUGACUUCACUAAUUUGUUGAACGAUACUGUUAUCAACUGCGAUUGGGAUACUGCCACCUGUCAGGUCAUCUGCGACCAGGUCAUGUACGAAAACCACCAGCCAAACAUCGAACUUAUUACCUGCGAUGUCAGCACUGAGCAAUUCAACUACCCCUUCGACCAAGAAUUCAACUGUAACCUCUACGAUGUUACUUGUGGUGAUCUUGAAGAUAGCUUCACAUUCGAUGAUGAUGUCUCCUACACUUGCGAGUACUUCAAGAAUGCCCGAAACGUCGACCUUGAUGUGUGUACUCUUACCUGCGCUAGCCCAGAUGAGAAGCCAUACCCAAUCGACAAGAUCGAAUGUAUCCAGUCCACCAAGCAGUUCCUCACACAAGUCGGUCAGCACAUUGAGUGCAUUCCUCCACCAGAGACUGACUGUGGAUAUGUGUCCGAUCAGUACAACCUUCUUGAUAGCGCUGGCAAGGCAAUCUGCGAUGAAACCACUGGAAUUUGCUACUUCGAGUGCGCCGACCCAACUCACUACAACCCAAUUCCACGAGUCGAAUGUUUGGCCAACGGAAACUACUACCCCAACGUUGGCGGCACCAUCGGAUGCUACCCCGGAUACGAUACUGCUUGUGGUAACAUCGAAACCACUGGAAACUCAAUCAAGGCUUGCGCCAACAACACUUGCGAGUACACUUGCGAAGAUGCCACUGACUUCCUCCAUGGUGUCACCACUGCUACUUGCACUGUGAUCGAAGGUGUUGUCAAUGUUGACUACGCUGCCAAUCUUCAUAUCUCUGAAUCAUCCACUAUGGAAUCUACUUGUGGCGAAACCAUGUGCGGUGACGUCAGCAGCAUUGCCGGCCAGUUCAGCGAAGAUGUCCAGAUCGAUCUCAGCAUGCUUGAUGCUGAUGGUUAUGGCAAGAUCAUGCUCGGAUGCAACGGCACCGUCAUCUCUGGCCUCAAGGGACAUACCGCUAUUGCCUGUCUCGCCACUUCUGGUAAUUUUGAUCUUGUUGAUCCUGAAGCUUCCGUUGCGUGCUCUGCCACCACUUGCGGUGACCCAUCUGAUGUUCUUUCCAUCGGAGAAGGUGUCAUUCAUGAAUGUUCCGAUGCCGACAUCUGCUACUUCUCUUGCGAUGCCGAAGAGGGUUCUUCUGUCGCUCCAACUAUGGACGAACUUAUUUGCCAGACCCUCACUGGAGAGUUCUUGAACGGUUUCCAGACAUCUGUCAAAUGCUUGUCUGGCUGCGACGAUUUCGGACCAGAGACUGGCUAUAUCACCAGCGAUCCACUCCUUGAGAUUGAGUGCCCAGAGUACACCCCAGGAGAGAUGGACCAGUACUGCCACUUGAUCUGCCGACUCCGAAACGAAGAUGGUACCUUCGUGCCACCACGAGUCAAGGAGACCGGCCAGGAAUUGCGAAAGGUUCAGUGCUACAAGCCAGGUGCCAUGGAAGGUUUCUGGCGAGCUGUUUACGCUAGCCCAUACGGUGUCCCAAUCUACAAGAAGAUCGAGGGUGAAGGUGUCCGAACAAUUAUCUGUGAAGCUGGCGAAGCCCCAACUCAGCCACCAGUCAAGAGCUGUGGACCAGUCCGAGAGACCUACAACAUUGACGAGGAUAACAUGCAGGUUCGAUGUACUGAUACCAAUUGUGGUUUCAAGUGCGACCCUGGUUACAAAUUGAACAAGGGUGCCCCAACUAACGUCAUCUGCCUCGCUGCCAUUGACGAGGGAUGGUCACCAAACUACCCUGGACAGAUCCGAUGUGAAAAGGCCGGAAACGGUGGUGAAGUCGAAGAACCAGAAGAUGAUUGCGGCAGUCCAAAUGUCAAACUUGGAGACAAUGUCGUCGAAGAUUGCAGCGGUAACCGAUGUGAUUACAGCUGCUCCAACGGUGGCGAUCCAACUGCUUCCAAGCUCGACUGCAAGGGAGGAAAGUGGAUCAUUGAAAAGAAUAUCAAAAGAAGGGCAUCCAAUGCUCUGAUGGUGAUGGAAGGUGGAGUUUUGGCUCAAUGCAGCGCCAAACAGUGCAGCUUUACUUGUGCGGAUGGUAACAGCGAGCCAUCAAAGGAUACUGUCAAGUGUAAAUGCAAGAAGGGCAAGUGCAACUGGGACAUCUCGAAGAAGGAGACCAUCUCCUGUGGAGGUGCCAAGAGUGCAACUACAACCAGCAGUGGUAAACCAGCCAAAGCAGGCAAAGCUGGCAAAAAGGACAAAAAGUCAAAGGGUAAGUCCACAGCCGCAGCCUCAACCACUUCGACAACCUCCACCGAGGCAGUUUCCGAGGAAUCUGCUCCAGAGGAAGCCCCAGUUAGUGAGGCACCAGUCGAAGAAGUUGCUCAGCGAGUUCUUGUUGAAGCCGAUACUGGCUGUGACACCACUGCAUUCGGUCCUGAUGUUGCCUUCACCAACUGUGCUGGUGGCAAGAACGUUGAAUGCGAGGUCGUCUGCCUGAACGGUGGAAGCCCAAGCAUCGCCGUUGCCACUUGCAACAAGAAGUUCCGAUGGGAGCACGAUUCUAUUACCUGUGCGUAA